AAACACAACGCAGGGCAUGAGAUCCCUCGUCCAUCUCGGUCCUCUAUCCAGCAGGCGGCCGCCGCACAUCUAUCCUCCGCCCUCUUCCCCAUCUCGCCGCAGAAAGGGUAGUCUUCCUCUACCUGUUCGGACCCAACCCCUCCUCUCCUCGCUCCACAAGCCAACCCCCCCCCCCCCCCCCCCCCCCCCCCCCCCCCCCCCCUCCUCUCGUGUUGGGGAAUCGGAUCUAGCCUAGCCCCCCUCGGCGGCGCGGCGGCGGAUGCCGCCGAGCCCUGGUGCUGAUACCCAGAAGUUUGUGAUGGGAGACAUGGUUACGGAACUGGACGAGGCACAAGUAAGAAAUGCAGAGAACUCCACGGAACAGAGGAAGGCAUACAAUGUAGUAGACCAUGAAGUUUCCCCUGCAACAGAAUUACCUAGUGGAAAGAUUAAAUACCUAACACAGGAACCUGUUGGCAACCAAUCAAUGACAGAAGGAAGACUGCAACCGGCCGGUGAUAAUUACCAGGAACCUGUUGGCAAACAAUCAAUGACAGAAGGAACACUACAACCAGCUGGUGAUAAUGAUCAGGACCCAUCUUCAGAUAGUAUUGAAAAGAAUACAGAAGGACUACUGGCAGAUGGACAGGAUCAACAAACCAACUCAGUUUACCAUCCACUGCAGCAAGCCGAAGAAGAAAACCAGUUACAUGAUAUUGUGGAAAGCAACGAAAUGCUAAGGAACAAUAGCAGCAGUGAAACUGAUUCAGACAGCAGCUCAGGGAGUGACUCAGAUAGUGAAGUCGGAAAAUACUUCUAUCCUCAAAUUGAACAAUUGGAGAUGGCAAAACAACCAGAGCCUGGAAUGAAAUUCCAAACCCUUGAAGAUGCGCACAGGUUCUAUAAUACAUAUGCUCUCCUAACAGGUUUUGAGGCAAAGCGCGGUACAAAUUACAUGAGGAAGAAGUUUCACCUCAUAUGCAACAGGAGUGGUAAAUUGAGGGCAACUCCGGACCUGCAGAGGAAGCGGAAGAGAAAAUCUAUAGAGAAGACAAAUUGCCAAGCAAAGGUAAUAGUGAAACUCACUAAAGGCCAAUGGGAGUUCACAACAGUUCGUAAUGAGCAUAACCAUCCGCUAUGUCCAAGUGCUUCCCUCACAAAAUUCUACUUGAGCCACAAACACAUAUCAACCGAAGAAAGGUCAUUUCUGAAAGUUCUGCAACGAACUAGGAUACCUCCAAAUAAAGUUAUGAAGAUUUUUAGGAGAAUGAGAGGCAGCUUUGGAAGCAUACCAUUCAAGAAAAAAGAUGGGACCAAUUUACUAUGUAUAGAACAACAUAGAAAAGAGAACUCAGAUGUUGGAAGAAUGUUGAUGUACUUCAAAGAAAAGGAGCUUCAGGAUCCAAGUUUUCAAUGCAUGAAGCAAACAGAUGAAGACAACAUAGUUCGGAGUGUUUUCUGGACUGAUGCGAGGUCAAGGAUGGAUUAUGAGAUUUUUGGAGAUUUCCUGUUGUUUGAUACUACCUAUACCACAGAUAGGCAUAACAUGCUAUUUGCUCCUAUUAUUGGAAUAAAUAACCAUGGGAGAACCCUCUUGUUAGGAUGUGCCUUGUUACAUGAUGAGAGCGCCGAAACAUACAAAUGGAUGUUCGAAACACUUUUGCAUGUGAUGGAAGACAAAAUGCCAGUAUCAAUUAUAACAAACCAGGAUGAAGCUAUGGCAAAAGCAAUUGGAGAGGUCAUGCCACAAGUAAGGCAUCGGUUGUGCAAAUGGGAUGUACUGGAAAAAGCACAGCAAAAUAUUUCAGCCUUCAUAGCAGAAAGUGGCAACAUAAAAGCAGACCUGAAUAGCUUGAUUGACAACUCACUGACAGAAAAAGAAUUUGAAGAAGGGUGGGAUGCACUCAUUGAGAGAUACGGUGCAAGUGAAAACGAAUACCUACAACUCUUGUGGCAAAGAAGGAAAAACUGGGUGCCUGUUUAUUUCAGAGAAGAUUUCUAUCCAUUUGUCCAAUCACAUGGAUGUGACGAAGGGAUGAACUUGUUAUUCAAUGACUAUGUGCUUUCUAUUGACAGAAUAGAGAAGUUCAUUGAAAGAUAUGAGGAGAUACAUAAGAAUAUAACUAAAACAGAUGAAGAAGAUAGACUGCAAACAGGAACUGUACCUUCAUGCUUUUCAUUGCAGCCAAUAGAAAAGCAUGCAGCUGAUAUUUACACAAGGCAAAUAUUUCUGAAAGUACAGAGAGAACUUCUCCACUCUACCGCUUUCAAUGUGCAGGAGGUCCAAAGAGGGGCUGUGUACCGACUAAACAAGGUUUUCAACUAUGAGAAUCCAGAGUUUGAUCGAAAUAACUUUGAAGUGCAGGUUGAAUCUGGCCCCAAUGCAUUCAAAUGCCAGUGCGCAAAGUUUACCAGGGAUGGAAUACUGUGCUGCCACAUAUUCAGACUUUUCACACAGUUUGGAAUCAAUCAAAUACCAGAGCAGUACAUAGUGCCCAGAUGGACUGAAAAAUUCAGAGAAGAGAAGGAGAAACAGUACAAGAAAAAAUGCUCAGAGCAGAUGGACACUACAAUGAGAUACACAAAUUUUAUGACUAAAAUGGCUGACCUCGGCAAAACAAUAUGCAGCGAUGGCGCAAAAUACGACGCAUUCAUGCUUGAAGUCGACAAGAUUCAGGUGAACUUCGCAACAGCACAAAAAUAAUCCUGAAAAUUAUUAUACUUGUGUUGUGGACAAGGGGGCAGGCAACAGAAGCAUCUGCGUCACUGCAGGGUUACUGUUAUGCAAGUCAUUUUGUUGAACUAACUGACUACCUCUACUGGAUACUAGACUUGCGCUGCUACGGUGUUUGGAAUUUGCUGGUUUUCAUAGGUUUGAGUGAGCCCGGUGUUGAACACCAGUGUCUUUGGUGCGGGAAUCAGGAUGUCCAGCAGCAGGUUUCUGUAGAGAAUUAGGAGGAUGCUCAUGUCCAGGAUGAUAGAAUAGUUAGGAUGUUUAUUUUAGCUAAUUAAGAAUUCAAGAUAAUGAUAAGAGUCCAAGAGAACUAGAUAGUGUCUAUGCAAUCUCAAAAUGCCAGAGAUUAGAGCUGGUGAGUUUAUCUGCCCCAGGAGUUCAUGUGGUUAAUACAGUUUGUGUUGAAUGCGCAAUACUGUUGGCCUACUGCUGCCAUGACUGAGAUUAUGUCUGAUCCAGCAUUUUGCUCGUCUC